AUGGCGAUGGUGCAGGUCGGUGUCUUGCGUGUCUUUUCUAUUUUCAUAGUUUCAAUCAGGUUUGAUGGUGGGAAUGCCUCAUCGAUUUUUCAAGAAGAUGUCCCAAACUGGACAGGACCAAAUGGACGCGCAACAGAACCAUACAUUGUCCAGCUCUUCGUGUCAAGAGUCGCCGAUUGUUGUGAAGAAGCAACAGGAUUAACUCAAACAGAUCAUUCGAAUAUCUACGAUGUCUACGAUACUGCGGCCUCUUUGGCGCCUCUUGUUGAGAACUGUUACGACCCUGAAUCAAGCUUCUCUGCCUUUGACUUGAGCGUUGAUCAGAUGAUGGCGGACCAGCCUAGCGACGGCUGGCCUGCAGAUCUGGAGAAGAUUUUAUUUCUCGCUCGACGAAAACUGUGCAGUUUGAGUGAAAUGUACAUAUGCAGUUUCUCAUCAAAAGUUGUUGUCUACAAGGGUCAACUUCAAAGCGAGCAGCUCUUCACAUAUUUCGAUGAUCUCAUGGAUGAAGAUUUCACGUCGUAUCUAGCAAUCGUGCAUUCCAGAUUUUCAACGAACACUUUUCCCACAUGGGAUCGAGCUCAUCCGUUCCGUCGCAUCGCGCACAAUGGAGAAAUCAACACGAUAGAAGGAAAUAGAAAAUGGCUAGCAGCACGAGAGGGGAACGCAGUAGUUCCGAGUGCUUUAGGAACAAAAAUUGCCAAAGAGGAUCUUCUUCCAUUCGAGGAGCCUGCACAUGUCACUCAUUUCCAUUCUCCCGCCCGUAUUGGUCCAGCGAAAGAAUCCCCCAAGCUCAGGCCCGUCGAGAGUACUAAUCGCUUGAUCGAUACACUCGCAAUUCCGACUGAUAUUGGAUCCGCACGGAGAGGAUCAUUUUCAUCGAUUGAUUCGCACGUUGAAGGACCAAGCGGUUUGGAUCGGACUGAAACAAUUGAGGAGGAGGAAGAAGAAGGUCCAGGAUCCUCAUCAGAUUCAUCAACUCUGGAUGGCGUUAUCGAAUUGUUGAUGAUGGCUGGAAGAGAUUUGGCUGAAGCUGUUAUGCUCGUCACUCCUGAAGCAGCCCAGAAGGGAGACCCGAAAUGGAAGACAGAUUUCAACAGGUACAACUCUUGCUUGAUGGAGCCUUGGGACGGUCCCGCCUUGAUUGCCUUCACUGAUGGAAUUCAAGUCGGAGCCCAACUGGACCGGAAUGGAUUAAGGCCGGGAAGGUAUGCGAUUCUGAAAGACGGGCGGCUGGUUCUGGCAAGUGAAGUUGGUGUUGUUGAUAUCGCGCCAUCAUUGGUGUCGAGAAAGGGGCGUUUAUCUCCUGGGAGAAUGUUGCUCGUUGACUUCCGAGAGAAACGCGUUGUCUCUGAUGAAGAGAUCAAACUGAGAUACGCUCAACGUUAUCCGUAUGGAGAGUGGCUCUCUCGCUAUUCCCUCCAACUGAAUCAAUUGGCGAUAGUGAUGACAGAUGAAGAGCUUCGCCGUGAGCUUCAGCUUUCGGCCGAAGAGGCUUCUAUCGCACUUCCACCCGCGUCAGUUCGCAUUGGAACCCAGAAAAAGCACCGAAGGCAUUCAGAGAUCAAUUUCCAUAACGCAGAAGAAUCACCUUCCGUUGCAGCAGGCGAAGAACUCGUUGACAUGACGGCGCAACUGACCAUGUUUGGAUAUUCCCUAGAGAGACUUGAAUUGAUACUCUCACCGAUGGCAAAAUAUGCUUCAGAACCCCAAGGAUCGAUGGGUGAUGACACUCCACUAACAUGUUUAUCUUCAUUGCCAAGAACAUUCACCGACUAUUUCCAACAAUCCUUUGCUCAAGGAACGAAUCCUUCCAUCGACCCCAUUCGUGAAGGAAAUGUCAUGUCGCUCACAUGUCCAAUAGGGAAGCAGGGAGACAUGUUUUCCAUCACACAUCAUCACUCGAAGCGUAUAUUUCUCGAUAAUCCUGUAAUCUCGCCAGCUCAGUUCAGAGCCUUGAACACUUUACCAGGAUAUCCAUCCGUCUUGCUCGAUUUGAGUUGGCCAAAAUGUCGCGCUCCAUUCGAUCUUCUAUCACAAAUCGAAAAGCUACAGACGGACGCGGAGAAAGCCGUUCUUGAUGGCCACCGACUUCUAAUUCUCUCAGAUCGUCGAGCAGGUGCAAGCCGCUAUCCCUUGUGGUCGUCUUUAGCAGUCGGGGCUGUACAUCUCCAUCUUGUACGAAAACGGUUGCGCAUGAAUUGUGGAAUUGUAGUAGAAACCGGCGAAGCUUGCGAAGUGAAUCAGCUUGCGUUCUGUAAGGCAGAUGUGUUCUCAAUUAUUCCUAUUGUUGUAUCUUUCAUCUCAGUGUUGACUUGUGGAGGUGACGCUGUCUAUCCAUAUCCUCUUGGUGUCGAUCGAUCUGUUCUCCAGCUCUGUUUCAAUGAUGCUGUUUCUUCUGUUAUCGGUGGUGUUGGUUUCGAUAUUCUGCGGGAUGAUAUUCUCAGGUUCCACUGCGCUGCGUAUCCUGAGCAUCCUGUUCCUGGACUCGUUGAUAGAAUGCCACCGAGGCAUCUGAUUGACAACGGAGAGUAUCAAUUCGUAUCAAUCCCUGGAUCUGAAUUGCACGCAAACCAUCCAGACACAAUCAGAUACUUACAAGCUGCCGUCAGGGAGAAUAAUUUCAAAACCUUUCGUCAGUAUUCUGACAUUCAAAAUGCUCUCAUUGAUGAAAUUGAACUUCGUGGUCAAUUGGAAUUCAUUUAUGGAAGCCAGAGAGUGGUCGCGCUGAAAGAGGUUGAACCAGCAAAGGAGAUUGUAAAGAGGCUCGUUACAGGCGCGAUGUCGUUUGGAUCCAUCAGCGAGGAAGCGUUUACAACAAUUGCCAAAGCAAUGAAUGCGUUAGACAGCCGCAGUAACGCCGGUGAAGGCGGGGACGUCGAUGAGGGAUCUGAUCCGUCUGCGAGAAACAGAACAAAACAGAUAGCAAGUGGUCGUUUUGGGGUCAGCUCUUUCUUUUUGUCCGAUUGCGAUGAGCUCCAGAUUAAAUGUGGCCAAGGGGCGACGCCUGGGGAAGGCGGUGAAUUGCCAGGGUAUAAAGUUAUAGGGAAAGUCCCAGCUAUCCGUAAAAGUAAGCUAGGGUACGGCCCGGGCGUCUCGUUAAUCUCUCCACCACCGCAUCAUGACAUGUAUUCGAUCGAGGAUGUUGCUCAGUUGAUUAUGGAUCUGAAGCAUGGGAACCCUCGGGCGCGUAUAUCGAUCAAGCUCGUUGCGAAGCUUGGAGUUGGCGUUAUUGCUGCCGGUUGCGUGAAGGCCAAGUGCGAUCAUUUAUUAAUCUCUGGCGCAUCUGGAGGCACUGCAUCUAGCAAGCUAAUGAAGCGUGCAGGGUUUCCAUGGGAGAUUGGUCUUGCUGAAACUCAUCAAACUCUAUGUCUUAACGGUCUGAGGGAUAAGGCAGUUCUUCAAGUCGACGGACAGCUUAAGACGGGGAGAGAUGUUGUUUUUGCCGCCCUUCUUGGUGCUGAGGAAUUCGGAUUCGCAACUCAACCACUGAUUGCGAUGGGGUGCCAAAUGGCCCGGAAGUGCCACUUGAAUGCUUGCCCAACAGGCAUCGCGACACAAGACCCACAGUUGAGAAAGCGGUUUGCGGGAAAGCCUGAACAGAUCGUUGCCUACUUUUUCAUGGUUGCGGAAGAGAUUCGCGCUUUUAUGGCCCGACUUGGAUUCCGUAAAUUCAACGAUAUGAUUGGCAGAUCGGAUCUGCUCCGUCCGAAGAAUACCUUAUCUGGACACUGGAAGCGGCGUUCACUCGAUUUCAGACAACUUCUGGUCCCUGGAUGGAAACUUUGUACCCCAUUAGAUAAAUGGCGCUUGGAAAUUAUCAGACGCGCUCGUCGGUCGCUCGAGAAUCAAAUUGGCACGGUGUCUCAGUUCCCAAUUCGUAAUGUCGAUCGAACUGUUGGAGGUCUUCUGUCUUACGAGGUUUCAAAGCGGUAUGGGGCUAGGGGUCUUCCCUCGAAUACGAUCACGGUGAACUUCCGAGGAUCAGCUGGGCAAAGUUUCGGAUGUUGGCUUGCUCCUGGAAUCACAUUCGGUUUACGGGGAGAUUGCAACGAUUUCGUUGGGAAAGGCCUCAGUGGGGGAACGCUUGUCGUCAAGCCGCCCGCGGACUCCCCAUUUUUCUCCGACUCUGAUAAAAACAUCCUUGUUGGCAACGCAGCUCUUUAUGGAGCGACAAAUGGAAGGGCAUUUUUCGCUGGAGUCGCAGGAGAACGAUUUGCAGUUCGUAACAGCGGAGUAACGACGGUCGUUGAAGGAUGUGGUGACUAUGGAUGCGAAUACAUGACGAGGGGAAUUGUCGUAAUUCUUGGAAAAACAGGGAGGCAUUUUGGAGCUGGAAUGAGUGGAGGUAUCGCGUAUGUAUUGGAUUUGGAUCCGAAGAACGUCAAUGAACAAAUAAUCCAUUUGGAGCCAGUGACGGCAGAUCUGGCGGAUAAAACUAAGCUCGAACGACAGAACAGCAAUGCCGAAGUAGCGGAAUCAAUGACACGAAAAGAUGCAAAAGUUCUGGAAGGGCUUCUACUUGAGCAUUUCGAGAGAACUAAAUCGAGCGUAGCACGGGACAUUCUAUCAAAGUUGCCUGAAUAUUUACCAAGGUUUACGAAAGUCUUUCCCGAAGACAUGAAACGUGUGCUCAAACAAGCAAUAACGGAUUACGUGACCAAAGGCUCAAAAGACGCGGUUGCCAUCUUGGAUGAUUGGGAUCGGAUGAUAUCCCAUAAGCGUCUGAGGGUCCUUGAUGUCAGUGAGAGUGCGCUCAAGGUUCUUGGUCAUGGAGAAGAGCCGAGUGCUCUCUUCCAAUAUGCAGCAGAUUUAGAAAGAACUGGAAGGCUUGAUGAUCUUCUUUCCGAUGAAUGUUCAGAGCAAUUGAAUGAAUUGAUGCGGAUGGCGCGAUUCGUUUACGCCCACUGGCGCUCCGGUUACAGCAAGGGAUUAAGGAGACAAGAUACUGACCUUGUGAAGCGCUUGCUGCCGCCUUCGUUGACCCCGUCGCGCCGAAGUGUUUUGAAGCAUUUUCUCUUGGAGGCGCUUGAGGGCUGCGAGUUAGCCGAUCAAUUGCUUCUUUCAUUCAAGCCAAAUGCAGAAUCCGCACCUCCACGUGUUCUUUCUCCAAUGACGGGUGAACAGGUAAGACAGAAAUCACAAGACCCUUCUUCAUUCUUUCCCUUUUUCAGCAAUGGGAGAAGUUCUUCUUCGGCGAACGAAGCCCACCUCAGGAGGACUCCCAAGGCACGCGAUACCUUAGAAGUCGCGAGUGUAUCAGAUUUGGAAACCUUGACAUCAUCGAAUCUCGAGAGUCCAGUAAAGAAAUCACCACGACUCAGUCACUUCCGUAAAAGAGAUGAUUUGAAUAGACCACUCGAAGAAAACAAACCAUCAGUACAGCAGCAGGACUUCACGACCAAACAACACCACCAGAAGCCUUUUUUGGUUCAAUCUCCGGAUUCCCUGAUGGGCUUUACGCUGUAUGCAAAACAGAAGACUGCAGUGAAGUCAGCAGCGAACAGGGUGCUCGACUGGGAGGAAAUUGCUUUACCAGUUCAGAGUCGAUCAAGACUUUACGACGCCUUGCAAAAGACUCAAGCUGCUCGGUGUUUGGGUUGCGGCGUCCCCACAUGCAAUUACCCGAAUGUAAAGGGUGGCGGAUGCCCCCUUGGGAACCGCAUUCCCGCCUGGAACGCUCUUGUCGUUGAAGGACAGUGGAAGCUUGCUCUAGAGCGUCUCCUCGAUACGAACAAUUUCCCUGAGUUUACAGGUCGCGUGUGUCCGGCUCCAUGCGAAGAUGCGUGUGCUUUGGUGCCUCAAGAUGAUUCAGUUGCAAUCAAAUCGAUCGAGCUGGCGAUUGUUGAGAAAGGGUUCCAGGAAGGAUGGAUCAAACCGUUUCCCCCGAAAAUGCGGUCACAGUUUACUGUCGCAGUAAUAGGCAGUGGGCCAAGCGGGCUGGCAGCAGCUCAUAUGUUGAAUCGGGUGGGGCACAUGGUGACAGUGUUUGAGAAGUCGGAUCGAGCUGGAGGGCUUUUAACUUACGGGAUUCCUAACAUGCGAAUCGACAAGAGAAAAGUUGUUCAGCGUCGAAUUGAAUUACUGGAAGCCGAAGGUGUUCAGUUUAAGUGCAACACGAGCAUUGGCAGAGACAUUCAACUCUCACAACUAUUGAAAGACUCAGGCGCGGUGUUAGUGGCGGUUGGAACUCAGAAACAAGCUGAUGUGAAGAUUCCAGGAAGAGAACUUGAAGGGAUUGUACAGGGAAUGGAAUUUCUAACAAGAAACCAAAAAGGCCUCUUCAAUUCUGACCUGGAUAAUGAUGAGGUCAUCGAUGCCGUUGGAAAACGUGUUGUCGUGAUCGGAACGGGGAAGCUUGCUACGGAUUGCGUGGCCACUGCAGUACGAAUGGGUUGCAGCGAAGUGAUUCAGCUUGUAGAAGUUGCAAAACAAACAGCGAUUCAAGGAAAGGUCGCGGAAAACGCGAAAGUGUUUAAGGUCGAAUAUGGUCACGAAGAGGCCAUUGUGAUGCAGGGAGUGGAGCCUCGGGAGUUCGGUGUAAG